AUGCCCAUCUCUAAUUACAUUCGUUCAUGGCUUAUGUUGACUCCGAUGUUUCCAUCCAUUUUAAUUAUUCUGUUUAAUCUAUAUCAUUUCAUAGGUAAUCAAACACUUCGUAGAGCUCUCAACAAUCAUGUGAUUAUUCUCCUACUUAUCUGCUCAUUUAUUGAACAAGUUACUGAUGUUGCUUGGCAAAGUCAUUAUUAUCGAACGGGUACGGCAUUAAUUUCCACACCUAUUUUUUGUGGAAUAUGGACAUUUUCUGGGGGAGCGUUUUAUAGCAUGAUAUAUAUUCUUAUGGCUUGGGCAUCAUUCGAACGACAUAUUCUUAUUUUUCAUCCCAGCUGGUUCGCAACGAAAACAAAGCGCCUAUUUUUUCAUUAUUUUCCUUUGUCUGGAUGUAUUAUUUGGCCUCUCAUAUUUUACUCUCUAUCAGCCUUCAUUUUACCUUGUGACGUAGCAAUUAGAUACGACAACAUAUUCUGUGAUCGAUAUAUCUGUUCCUCAGAUCCAUAUUGGCCAGGAUUGAUUGAUAGUUUUGGUCAUUAUAUAGGAACAGCAUUUAUGACAAUCAUUUUUAAUAUAGCAUUGUUUGGUCGGGUAUUAUACUCUCGAUAUAAAGUUCAUAGGAGUGUUGAUUGGAGAAAGCACAAGAAGAUAGCAUUUCAAUUAUUGCCAUUAUCUAUGCUGUACCUUUUCUUACAGCUUCCACCAAUGACUUUGUAUGCUGCGUAUUCCGCGGGUGCUACAUAUGUCACCGCAAAUGAUUUCUAUGAUGAUUCUCUCUUUUUUACUUAUUGGAUUGUACAGUUUAUGCCGUUGGCAUGUGCAAUAUCGUUACCUGGAUUGAAAGAGAAAUGUAAAAAUUGCCUGUUAUUUUGGCGAAGAGACCAUCGUAUCAAUCCACAAGCAGUGAUGUGGACUAAUGGACAAUUUACUCAGUCAGCAAGAAUAGCACUCGAAGCACAAUGA